GAAAGAUACAUUUACAUGGACAUUGUAGCAGCAAAGAAUAAAUCACAUAAGUAAAGUAUGUUUCACUCACCUGCUUAGUUGACAUGCAACUCGAAAGAGUACUGCAUUCAUGUUUUUGUUUACCCUAGAAUAUUUUUCCUUAUUUCUCCAGCUUCGAUUCAGCAAAACAACAGAGAGAAAGUGAACAUACAAUACAAUACUGCAAUAAUGGCUUUCUUUACUCUCUCGUACCUCCUUGCUGAGCAGAUCUAUCAUUCGAAUCAAGAAAACCCUGCUUCCUCAGUAUGUUCUUCAGUCGCAAUACCUCGAUCUACAGCUUCUACUAUGGCUAGUACUUCUGCAAAUCUCAAGGAAAAACAAUUGGAUCCAUCGUUGCAUUCUUCACAUGCAAUACCACCACAAUACGUACCUUCCGAAAUUGAAAAUACAUCCAAGAGCCUCGAUCGCAAGCAUCCAGCUCCUUCGUUAUAUUCCUCACAUGCAGCUUCACAAUCCACAUCUUCUGUUGUAGCAAAUAUCUCCGAGGGUUUCGCAUCCAGCAGCUUUAAGCUACAGCGAGAUGUAGAAAAUACCAAAGAAUCGGACAAGAAGGAAAGUCUCCAGCAACUACCAAAGGUAAGUUUUCCGUAAAGAUCCCAGAACUGGUGCUAUAGUGGUAAGGUUAUCAUGAAUGCUCAUCCUGACAUACAUAUAGGACGAACCUCAAGUGGCAGUCCUUCUUUCAAUAGACAUAUUGUCGCGUUUGCUCAUCGAAAUCAAGGUAAGUUUUUAAGAAGGUAUCCUCACUACCUGGCAUGUUUCUGAAAAUGUAAUCAUUUAUUUUGCUAAUUUAAUAUAUAGAAGGAACCUCGACAAACGCCAUAUCUUGCGCCAUUUGUCAAAGCCCCGCCGCUUGUGAAAGUGGAAGUUACUAAACGAAAAGUUCACUACAGUGUAAGUUUCCUGGAGCAUCCCAUGACUAGUUGAUGUGAUGCUAGUACAGAAACCAUUCCUUUUACUGACCUCAAGUCAUAUACAGAACGAAACUCAAGCUCCUCCUCCUCCUCCUCCUCUUUCCUCCGCCUUCGCGAUACUCAAACCACUCCUCAAACGAACCAAAAUCAAGCACAUCCGCACCGACCAACACGAAUACCAUUUCUACGGCAGCACAUCCCCAGAAAUCAUUUCAUCCGAGGCCGCAAAAUUCAUAUGCGGUAACUCUCGAGCGUCCAAAUCAUCCAUACAGAGAAUCCUCAAGCAAUUCCUCGCCAUCACGACUCAAGACUCUCAAGAUAACUGCCACGUCCGUCCCGAAGCUAUAUGGUUCUUAGUAAACAUGACGAAGAAGUCCAAGGACUUCAAUACAGCCCGGUGGCACAGAGACGGAAGAAUGAUCGAAUGCACGGAUUCAAAUCACGUCCUUCAUUGCAGGUAUGCGACCACACUAUCUGGACCUACGACUCUCGUUCUUCCAGAGACAGAUAGAGUUUCGAAAGCCAUGCGUACAUAUGCCGGGAACCGAAGGAAGAUAUCAGAAGUCCUAGCCUCGGAAGAACCCAUAAAAAUAUCCCGUAAUCAAAUCAUUCGGUUUUCAUGGGGUAGGGAGGAUAGUCCUGUUCAUUCUGAACCGGAUCUAAUCACCGAUAGAGUAUUUAUCUCUUGUAUUUAUGGAAGUAUUUGCGAAAUUCGGGAUAUUGCUUCUACUCGUAGACAGGUGGUUGGAGAUCCUCAAGCAUUUUUUAGGGUAAAUGGGGAGAAAUAAGUUUAAGGAGAGGGUAAGCGUGUAGAUUUUGAGAUCUUGACUAGUUUAUAUAAGUUUAUCAAGAAAGGAUGAUUGAAAUGGCUAUUGAAAGUUAUACAUCGGGUGAUGAUUAGUCUAGAAUUAGAGACGGGAUAGGAUAGAUAGGAAGAGUAGAUCA